GCAAGUUAGGAGAGACCGUGGUUAUAACAGUGGGAGUGAUCGAUCUUACAGAGCUAGUUAUUUUGAAAGGGGCGAAACGCAGAGCAAGGGAGGGAUUAAAGUUGAAAUUCACGACGAUGGCUUCUUCAGCUACUCUACGGAGGGAAGCAAGGCGCCUGGGUAGCCUCACUUCUUCGUGGACUGUCCAAACCCUUACACGACCAUGCCAAUCUCCAUUGCCAUCUCCAUGGCUGCAGCAAACAGAGGAAGUGCCUUCUUUUGGCGUGCGAGCAAUUUCUACUCAAAUUGUAAGAAACAGGAUGAAAAGUAUAAAGAGUAUUCAAAAGAUUACAAAGGCAAUGAAGAUGGUUGCCUCAUCAAAGCUUAGGGCAAUACAAACAAAGGCGGAGAAUUCUCGAGGGUUAUGGCAACCAUUCACUGCACUGCUUGGUGAUGUUCCUGGGAUCGAUGUGAAGAAGAAUGUCUUUGUUACCGUGACAUCUGACAAAGGUCUUUGUGGUGGUAUCAACUCAACAUCUGUCAAGAUAAGCAAGGCACUUUUCAAGAUGGCAUCAAGUCCUGAGAAAGAGGCAAGAUAUGUGGUACUUGGGGAAAAGGGCAAGGCGCUACUGCAGCGUGACUCAAAGAAACAUAUUAGCUUGUCCAUAACAGAAACACAAAAGAACCCUCUUAACUUUACACAGGUCUCUAUGAUUGUGGAUGAGAUUCUGAAGAAUGUGGAGUAUGAUGCCAUAAGGGUUUGUUUCAACAAAUUCCAGUCUAUUGUCUCAUUUAUGCCAACAAUGUCAACUGUGUUAUCUCCGGAGGUCGUGGAAAAGGAAUCUGAAAUGGGAGGAAAGCUUGGCGAACUGGACUCUUAUGAGAUUGAAGGAGCUGAAACAAAAGGAGAAGUGCUACAGAAUCUCACUGAAUUUCACUUUGUCUGUGCAUUGUUCAAUGCUUGUUUGGAAAAUGCCUGUAGUGAACAAGGGGCCAGAAUGUCUGCCAUGGAUAGCUCCAGCAGAAAUGCUGGGGAAAUGCUUGAUAAGCUAACUCUGUCUUAUAAUAGGUCUCGACAAGCUUCAAUUACAACAGAGUUGAUAGAGAUUAUUUCUGGUGCUUCAGCUUUACAGGCUAAAGCUUGAUUAUCUUUGUUUUGUUCUCAGGAUUACGUUUUUAUGUUUGAUUUGUCUCCUACAUACAUUCUAAUCUGGUUGGGUGAUGGGUUGUAUGUUUGAACAUUCGUGAGGGGCAAAUCUUACCUCACAGGAAAUAAAUUGUUUUAGUUUCAUUACCCGAAGUGUGGCUGGAAUAAGUAUUUUCAAGGCAUUAUAUACAUAACCAAAUUUUGCCCAUGGAUGCGAUUUGCAUUCCUUUGUGCUUAUGCACAUCUGCAAAACUAGCACAAUUAGCCAUCAUCAUUUAAUUUGUUAAUCGUGCUUUUGUUUCCCUUUUUAUUAAUGUUGUGAUUGUUCUCUGUGAAAGGCAAAUUUAUGACUGGAUUCUGAGAAAAAUGAAUCUAGGUUUCAAAAUACUAUGGAAAUGAAUGAAAUUCAGAUUGAGUCA